CUGAAUCGGUUCUUCACAACAUACGCCACAACUGUUGACAAGCUUGUCUCAAAUCUAUCCUUCAGAAAGUAUUCAGUAAAGGAUAUACAUCAUUUUGUUAAUUUGGUAUGAACGUACUGCGAAAGCCAUGGAAGGAAAGUGGGAAGCAAUAUAUAAUCUUCUGUCAGGGGGGUCGUACCCAUCAGGGUAUACUAAGGCCCAAAGGCAGACCAUUCGUAGAUCUUCACUCAAUUUCGCCCUAAAGGACGGUGUGUUGUUUCGAAAAUCGCAUGGUGGUCUCUGCAAGGUCUUGAGGACUGAGGAGGAGAUACGAGAGGUCCUGACGCAGUACCAUGACAACAACGACCAUGCGGGCCAGAAAAGAAUGCUCAAGUCCCUCAACAGGAUGUACCAUUGGGGUGGCAUGUGUCCUGCCAUCAAUACAUGGAUCAAGAACUGUGAGACAUGCAAGAACAAACCAGUCUACAACAACUCCUCCGUGGGAAAUAGUUUUCGCUGCAUCGCCUAUGGCUGUGAGAGCAGCAGCGUUCACCAGAACGAUGGCACCACCUUUCACAGGUUCCCCAGAGACAGCCCAGAAAGGAUGGAUCUGUGGGUGGCUUUGGCCCAGAGAGACAGGUGGUCCAUCGGAUCAAAUGUCUACCUCUGCUCAAAACACUUCACAGAUGACUGCUUUGAGAGUUCGGAGGAAGGGCUGGUUCUUAAACCUGACGCUGUACCUACUAUAGCAGUGGCUCUGCCUCUCAAAGAGGAGCCGCUUUUUCAGGAGUCGGAGACUGAUGACCACUCUCUGGAGUUCGGAAGCCUGGAGGAGCUCAUCUCUGCAAGCAACGACACUUUGAAACGCGAGGAACACCAGUAUGACGCAAUGGAGCACUACCUGAGUACCGGCCGAUACUUCAAGAUAUCCAAAGCAGUAAAGGGCUCCAUCAGAAGGCAGUCUAAAGGGUUUAUUCUCACAGGUGGCGUGCUGAUGAACAACCAGAGGCCGGCACUGAGACGGGUACUGCGUAGCCGCGAGGAGGUCGUCAACAUUCUGAAACAGUUCCAUAACGACCGGGGUCACAAAGGGAUGAGUUACAGCUAUGCGUCCAUGAGCAAGCAGUACUUCUGGGGCACCAUGACCCGUGACUUGGCUGACUGGAUUGCCAAUUGUGACCAAUGCUGUGUGGACAGAGAGUCCAGGAAGCACAUGUGCAGCGUGUACAAGUGUAACAACUACAGCGGGCCCGUAGAGAGAGGACUGGGCAUAACCUUUCACCCGUUCCCCAUCCACAAACCCCACUUGCUGGACUGCUGGGUCAAGGCUAUGGGCCGACCCAGCUGGUUCCCCCGGCCCAGGUCUGUGGUCUGCUCUGGACACUUCACAGAGGACUGCUUUGAUCGGAGUGGAGACACUGUAGUCCUGAAACCAGAUGCUGUCCCCAGCAUGUUCUUGUACCAGCAACCUGUGCAACAGUCUCCCAGCAUCUCCAAAAAGGUGCUUGCUUUGGGACUUAAUGAAUUCUCCCAGGGCACUACAAGCGAUCAGGCCUUCUUUGCCAAGUACGAUGUUGUGGACAGAUACAUAAGGGAGAAUAUCUACCCUUCCGGACUCAGCUCUGUAGAGAAGAACACCAUCAGACGCUUUUGCAAGAAGUUUAUCAUCAAAGACGGUCUGCUACAUAUCAUGAUCAAGAGUCGGGUGCUUAAGGUUCUGCGCAGCCAGGAGGAGGUAAAUGAGGCUCUAGCAGAGUUCCAUGAUGAGCUCAACCACCUGAACUUGAAGAAAUGCAUGAGGCUGCUCACGGAACGCUACUUCUGGGGAACCAUGGAGGUUGACGUGGCCCGCUGGAUUGAGAAUUGUAGUGAGUGUAGUGAGGCUCCCAUGGAACUAGAACAACAUCAAGAACCUGCUACUGGAGUUACACAACCGAACAAGUCCUGGCAGAACAAUACUGACUUGGCUCCCAUCAGUCCACAUAGUGCAGCGACUGGAAUCGUUUGUGAAGAUGAUAUUGCUGACUGGGUAGAGGACUGUGCGGAGAUAUCUGCUUCUACAAAGAAGGCCCUCGUGAAACCAAAGCGGCGUCCAGGACCUGCCUCUGGAGUUCUACAACCAGUAGAACCUGAGGACAUCAUAAUUGAUGUGAUACCUUUCAGUCCCCACCGCUCAUCAACGGUAAGCGUUUCUGAACAUGAUACUUGGUGCUGCAUAGAGGACUGUGAUAAGUUAUCUGCUUCUAUGAAGAAGGCCCUCGUGGAACCAGAUCAGCAUCAAGAAGCUGGUAUUGGAAUUCCAUCAUACAGUCCUGAGAGUUCAGCAUCUGUGAACGCUGGCGAGGAGUACGGUGGCCAUGAUGUGCACAAUCGUGACGUACGUGGAGAAAAGCUGCAGCCAGUUCCCACAAACGCAGUGAUGCAGAUGGUUCUAUUCUCCCAGCAGCAGAACAAGGUGGUGCUGGUCCGAGGCUCGGACCUAGAACCAAUACAGCUUUCCCAGCCUCAACCCCAAGUCCAGAUCCUGCCCCAGUCCCAGCCUCAACCACAGGUCCAGAUCCUGUCCCAGUCCCAGCCUCAACCACAGGUCCAGAUCCUGUCCCAGGUCCAGGCUCAGCCUGCUACACCCACUUCCUCCCAGCCACAGCCUCUCAAGACCCAGACCUGGCCUCAAACCCGGUACCAAACCAGGAACCAGACCAGGACCCAGACCCAGGGGAGAGGUUCUGAACAGGUGGCUAAUGGCAACGCCAAGCUGAACCUGAAAGCAUCAAUACCACCACCCCAAUCUUCAGCCAUGUUGCAGGCAUCGCCGCCUAUGUCUACUGUAAGACACAGGACAGUUAUGAGCCCCAAGGUGCCAUCAGCCCGGUCUGUCCCCAAGGUGCCAUCAUCCCGGUCUGUCCUGUCCAGCCCCAAAGCCCCACCCUCCCAUAAGUCAACCACAACCGCCUGUAACCAAGCGGUUGGACUGCAGGCCAGGACAGUCAUCCAGCAGUGCAGUCAGGCACUCCUGAAGAUCAGCCCAGUUGUAGAUGGAGCCGAGGCUAAGUGGGUGCAGAUCCAGGAUGGCAUGGUGGUCUAUGUGUGUUUCUUCAAAGGAGCCACUGAAGAAAUCAUUCCAAAAAUGGUGGAAACAUUGCUGGAGACCAAGCUGUUCAGGAAGUCCAAUGGCCAGAUGGUCUCAGUUCUUAAACUCCCUGGUAGCGUCCUGCUCAUUCCACAGGACACCCUGACAGGAAACAGCAUCUUUAUGAACAGGGUGAUGUACCCGGAUGUGGCUCAGCCGCGGAGGGGGGCACAGCUCUACAGUCAACUGGUCACCGGGUGCGAGAAAGCCAUGAAUGAUAAGUUGAGCACAGACUCUGAGGUGGGGGUCAAACAUGGAACCUAUGGCAACAAACAAGAGAUCCUCAUCAACUCUCAAGAACCAGCCACGCUACUUUUAGAAUUCUGAAGCCUUGUGUACCUGUGUUCUUAAUGAGGUGCACUUGAUUGUGUUUACAAGUUACAGGAAAAUACGAUUUGUCAGUAUUUGAGUCCCAUCCCAUGUACAGCAGGCUACAGUAUGCCCUUUUGGAGAAAAGAAAAUACACUUUUAAGAUGUUUUUUAUCACACCAGUUUUAUUUACAAAGUUGUUGUUAAAUAUGUAUUAUUUGUCACAAUGUUUGUGACCUGACAAAAAAAGGGAGUGGAUACAGAGCUUGUAACAAUUGUACAUAGGCUGUGUCUUCUUGAAUGCUCGUUGCUACUGGUAACUAACAAGCUGCUCUCUAUCUUCUCGCUGUGGAUGCUGAGAUCAAAUGUAAACCGUUCAGUCUGAAAUCUUUAGAUAGGUCACUCGAAGGUUAAAACAAAUGUGUUAAA